CCCCAAGAACACGGCCUGGCCUGUUGUGACGUCAGAUAGAUCAAUCUGAAUGGACAGAUGCAUGGAUGCAUGAUGGAUGGAUGGUGGGCUGUCUGCCAUCCGUCUUGCCCCUGUGUGCCUGUGUGUCUGUGCUGGGCGGCCUGCUCUUCGGCUAUGAACUGGCGGUCAUAUCGGGUGCCCUGCUGCCCCUGCGCCGUGACUUCGGGCUGAACUGCUCAGAGCAGGAGCUCCUGGUGGGCAGCCUGCUGCUCGGCGCUCUCCUCGCCUCCCUGGUCGGGGGCUUCCUCAUCGACCGCCAUGGCAGGAAACAAGCCAUCCUGGGGGCCAACCUGGUGCUGUUGGCGGGCAGCCUGAGCCUAGGCCUGGCGAGCUCCCUGGCCUGCCUGGUCCUGGGCCGCUCGGCGGUUGGCUUCGCCAUCUCCUUGUCCUCCAUGGCCUGCUGUAUAUACGUGUCCGAGCUGGUGGGGCCACGGCAGCGGGGAGUGCUGGUGUCCCUUUACGAGGCCGGCAUUACCACGGGCAUCCUGCUCUCCUACGCCCUCAGCUACGCGCUGGCCGGGGCCCCCCGGGGGUGGAGACACAUGUUCGGCUGGGCCGUGGCACCUGCUGUCCUGCAGUGCUGCAGCCUCCUCUUCCUCCCUGCUGCUGCUGCCGACGAGACCACAGCUCACAGAGCCCUCAUCCCACUCCAGGGCAGCGAGGCCGCCAAGCCGAGUCUGGGGGCGCCUCGCUACUCCUUUCUGGACCUCUUCAGGGCCCGGGAUAACAUGCGGGGCCGGACCACCGUGGGGCUGGGGCUGGUGCUCCUCCAGCAGCUGACGGGCCAGCCCAACGUGCUGUACUAUGCCUCCACCAUCUUCCACUCGGUCGGCUUCCGCGCGGGGUCCUCAGCUAUGCUGGCCUCCAUGGGGCUGGGCGUGGUGAAAGUGGCAGCCACCCUGGCCGCCAUGGCGCUGGUGGACCGUGUGGGCCGCAGGACCCUGCUGCUCGCCGGCUGUGCCCUCAUGGCCCUGUCGGUCAGCGGCAUAGGCUUCGUCAGCUUUGCCGUGCCCAUGGCCUCGGGCCCGAGCUGCCUGGCCACACCCAAUGCCACCAGGCACACCGGCCUCCCUGGAGACCCUGGCCUACUACGGGGUUCAGUUCCACCUCCAAUACCAGGAACCAAGGAAAAAGAAAAGGAGGCCGUGCUGUUAGCCACUAAGAAAAUCAAGCUCCGGCCCAGCGCCGAAGAUUCCACGUUCCCGCCCCCGCCAGCUCUGGGCUCCACCUCCCCAGGGCCCCCCACCCCUGUCCCCGGGAGUGCCCUGCUGCGCUGGGCCACACUGCUCUGCCUGAUGGCCUUCGUGGGUGCCUUCUCCUUUGGGUUUGGACCUGUGACCUGGCUGGUGCUCAGCGAGAUCUACCCUGUGCAGAUCCGAGGGAGAGCCUUCGCCUUCUGCAACAGCUUCAACUGGGGCUCCAACCUCCUCACCAGCCUCUCCUUCCUCCACCUCAUCGGUGCCAUCGGCCUGUCCUGGACCUUCCUGCUCUAUGGACUGACGGCUGCCCUCGGCCUGGGCUUCAUCUACGCGUUUGUGCCGGAGACCAAAGGCCAGACGUUGGCGGAGAUAGAUCAGCAGUUCCAGAAGAGGCGUUUCUCCCUGAGCUCUGGCCGCAGGCAGAACCCCGCUGGCGUCCAGUACAGCCGCAUCAAGGCCUGUGCAGCCUCCUGAGGAGCCCACCUGCCCGGACCUGGAGCCCACCCCUAGCCUGCCACCUGCUGCGACCCGGAGCACGAGAUCCACGGGGUCCCCAGAGAGUCGCCCCUGCCCCACUGGAGCUACUUCGGCUGGGGUGACGGGAAGAAAGUCUGAGAACCCCAGACUCUUCCCUUUGGUCUCAGGCUCUGAGGGUUCCUGAGGACCUAGCUUCCUGCCUCAGUUUCCCGGUGCUCUUUGCACAGCACUGCAGUGUUUGGAAUGGGAACAUCCCAGGGAGCCAUUGGUUCCACGAAGACCCUGGCAGGAGCCCUCUCCUGGCAUCACCCCGACAACACGUCCGCUGCGGCCUGGCUGGGACACUUUGGCCCAGGGCGUCUGCUGCGGCCUGGCUGGGACACUUUGGCCCAGGGUGUCCGCUGCAGCCUGGCUGGGACACUUUGGCCCAGGGCAGCCUGCAUUUCGCAUCCUAGGUCUCCGUUUGUUCCAUGCCUCACAUUCUCUUCCCGGGAACGUUUAUCAGUCAGCCGACAGGAGACCCAAGUGUUGGUCCCGAUUCCAAGGCUGUCGCUGCUGUGUGGCCAGGGGCCUCAGUUUCCCCAUCCGUAUAAUGGGAGGAUGGGACCAGGUUUUUAUUAGGACAUCUGCUGACUCCAGUGAGCUAGAAUUACAAAUGCUAGGAACCCAACACGAGCUCUCAAGGGCCCUGCCCUCGGGGGUCCCCUCCUGGGGGUCUUAGUUCAUAGGAAAGGAAAGCAGGAUCCUAUUGUUGUGCACACAGAGCCCCGCGAGCUGUCCCAGUGCACAGACAAGCACCCGGAGCUGUUUCCAGGACGGUGCAGGCACACCUGGAUGUCAGUAUUGCCGCUCCCUCCCCGGGCUUCAGUCCAGUUCCGAAUGGGAUAGUUAUGCCCCUGAGGGGCUACCUAACCCCUGUCUCCCUCCAGGAGGAGGGUCGGCUGUUAAACUCAGCUGGCCAGGGCCUCUGGGAUUUCUGUUCACCCCUGUUCCCAGCACCCCACCUUUGGGACGUCCACUGUCUCUCCCUAGCCCUGUCCACCCGCCAUCGUGCGGUCCUGUCCUGGGGACCAUGGGCUGCCGCUGCGUGGGGCCCAGGGCCUCAGGAGGAGACUAAGUUAUAAGAGGAAUUCAGGCUGCUCCCUGGAGCCCGGGUUCACUCUUGGCGCAGCAAUCAGUCCCUGCGAGAGUGGACUGCUGCAGAGCCGGCCCGGCCCUUGUGUCUUCCGCCCUCACUCGCUUGCCCUACACGGCUCCCCCAGGAGCCACGAUGAGGCAGCGUGAGGCCUCUGCCAGAUGCGGGCCCCCACCUUGGACCUUUGGUCCUCAGGACUGUAAGCCAAAUAAAUGUCUUUCCUUUAAAAGUCA